AGCCGCGCAUGGAAUGUAAGGGUGAUCGCGCGCCCUUGCGCAGAGAGAUCCCCUCCCGCCCUCGUAUUGAUUGCUGCGUGCUGCACGGAGUCUUGAGGAGUUGAGAAAUGGCACCCAUACACCUCAGUUUAGGACUUUUCAUUGCGACAGCAUGCAUCUCGAUAGGCCACGGACUAAACAUCACGAAAGUGAAAAUGCGGAGCACGACAACGACGACGACAGAAUAUCCAAUCACAGAGGAUCAAAUCAAAGAUGAUGUUCAGCCCACGCCGAAGUUUCAGCUGAAUGUAGGCGCUUUAAAAACGGAGGCCCCGCCCACAACGAGGAGACCCGAGCGAAAAAAAGAAAGACCCGAAAAAACGACAACCACAACAACCACAGAGAAACCAACGGAGACCUUCUUGUACCGAUUCAAUAAUGAAGAUGGAGGCGCUUGCAUACUUCUCGAGGUUGAUGCUGAUAUUACGUUCAAAUAUCAAACUACUGACAAAGUCGAAGAGGAAUCAUCUCUUUACCUCCCGGAAAUGGUUUCCAUUGACGGCGAUUGUUCUAACGAAGACGAAGCUAAGUUAGUUUUGCGAUGGGACACGUUCGUAUUCAGCUUUUAUUUUGCUAAGACUCCUGGUGGUGAGCACUGGUUUGUAGGGACAAUGGAACUCAGAUUCAACACAAGUGAUCGACACUUCAAACGCAUUAAGAUUCCACCACGAACAGUGUUACUCAGCACUCCGCGGUCGCAUAGCUCAUUGUUGUUCCCCACACCCGUGGGCAAAUCGUUCACAUGCAACCAUGACAUCGAAGUGGCCUUAAGCAGUGAGUCUCAGAAGGAUAUCUCCGCCUCAGUUCUCCUCCGAGCAUUCAGGAUUCAGCCUUUCAUCUUCAAGAACGACGAAUUUGGCCCGCCGCAUCAAUGUCCAGCAAUCGGCGCAGGGACUUACCGAAGUGAGACAGCACCAUUAGUGGUAGGCAGUCUAUUGGCUGGUACCACUCUUUGCACCAUCGCUGGAUAUUCCAUCUACCGGUACUUUGUCAUCAAGAAGGUCGAAUACGACACAAUGGAAUAAAGUGGAAAUCAACCAUCAGUGUCGCAAACAACCAUGUGGUGGUUCAGUUGCGUUAGUUACAGAAUUGUGUUUUGAUGGUUAUAGGUAAACCGCAAAAAAGUAGAGAUCUGUCAAAGGCUAGGUUUUCAAUCCAAUAAUCGAAUAUUUUGCCGUUUGAAAAAUACGGCGAUGAACUUCAUCUUUCGAGAUAACAUACACCGUAGCUUCCUCCUUCUUGCAAUCAGUUGUGCACACAUUUACAGUGAUUGCUGAGGGUAUAUUACUGAUAAAACCAGAAUGAACGAAAGCAUGGUGCGUGUGAUCCACCGCGUUUGUCGGUAGCUGAGAUUUUGUUUGAUAUUUUAACGGGCCCAACCAAAAUCACCCUCAAACUGAAUCGGGAAUUGGGUAAUUUUUGCUCAUGUUUUCUUUUGCUAUCAGGAAAUUAUGCAAUAGUCUUAUGUUAAAUUUUGCGGUUAUGUUCUUGAUUAUAGUUUUGAGGAAUUUGCAAAAAGUUUCGAGGCGAUAGCGAAAAUAUCAGGCAACUUAAAAUGUAGGAAGGCUCAUUCUGGCUGAUGCCGUACCCCAAACAUUUAGACUCCGCGCUUGGACAGAUCUUGCCAUUUUUUAUGUUGAAGUUUCAAGGAGAGUAUAAACUAAAUUUAUAACGAAUGCAACUGACCCAUCCACUCAGUUUAGUAUUGUCAUCAUGUAAAUAUUUUAGGAUUUUGAGUAUAGUGACAAAAAUAGAGCAUCAAUGCCUAAUAUUUCAGUCAUCAACUGAGAGAUGCGUAAAAAUUAACUGAGCAAACAGUCAUGCUUACCAACAAAAUACUGCUUUGCAGAUCAUAAUGGUCUGAAAAUCAAUUUCAUUUUGUCUUUAAAUCAGUUCAAAAGUUUUUUUCAGCGCUAAAAGUCAAAUACUUGUCACUGUGCGCAUCCCUUUCAAACGGGUUGCGCAGGAAAUAAGUGAAUGUGCUACCAUUCUUAUUUUUUGGCUUAAGUGGGUGGUUUUUCAAGGCAACUUCCAUGUGACAUCACACUCAAAAUCCGAAAUACAAGUAAAAGAGGAAACUACCUGGAUCUGAAUUUACUUCAUUCAAGGUUGUAAUUUUUUAUUAUUAGGAUAAUUUUUCCUGUAUUUUUACGAGGGAUAAAGCUUUCGUUAGGCAAUGAAAAGAAGCAGAGCAGGUAGAUGAGAUCCCUGUGGAUUUUUAUCAUUGAAAUCUUAAGGUUCAAAACCAAGGAGUCCUUCAUUAUAGCUUAAAAGUGCAAUGACCGUAUCUUCUAUCGCCGAGAAUGCGGAAUAUUCAUUGUUAGCCUGGUCAAGGCUUGAGUAUUCACAAGAUCACGACGGAUUUAGAAACGGUCUGUAUAUACCGUGUUUCAUUGUUUCCUCUAAAAAUUUGAGCCAGCCGUUAGGAAGAGUCGAUCUGCAGCUCGAAAAUGGUCUGAAUAAUUUUACCGUCAUCACAGUUCACUUGCUUGUAAUUUCCAUCUGCAUAUCGAGUAGUGAAAUCGACGAAUAACUUUUGUAAUUUUUACGUUAUUCUAUCGAGUUUCAUUUCGACUGUCCGACUUACUAUGGAUCAACAUUUAACGAAUUCGAAUGGAAUAUAAACCGAUAAAAGUAUAUCGUAAUAAUGGAAAGCUAAUAAUAGUUUAUGAAGUUGGUAGUUAAACGAUUGUUUCAUGAAAAAGUGCUAUCAUGUGAUACGCCCACAAAAACUGUAAUAGGUAAAACCAAUGAUGAAAAUCAAAUGAAAAAACGCGAAGUAUAAACGAGUAAAAGCUUCGGACAGUUGAAACUUCUUCCAUUGGAACUCGAAUAUUGGUACUUAAUCUCACAGUACAUCAUUGUACUUAUCAAAACAUAUCUGAAUCUAUUAAGUAAAAUCUUCCAUAAUACCCCUAUCAUGCUGCUAUUAUGGCAAGAUCAAAAGACUAAUAUCACUUAAUGUUUAAGCAAUUCAAUCUGUUCUUUUACUUAAAUUGUAUGAUAAAAUGUAGUCAAUUGUUAACAUCCCAUAUAUUGUAUAUAUAUCUACUAAACCGUGCAGUUUCAUUAAUUAAUGGUUAUGGUUUUAGAAAAAAAUUAAAAUCCAAGAAAAAAAUUAAAUAAUAUAAAGGUUGAAUGUUCAAGAGUUAUGGUUUUAAAAGUUGAAUUUUUUUUACUGUUAUUAAAAAACUUCAUAUUUUAUAAUAAAAUUGUGAUUGUCAUAAUAGAGAUAUCCUCUCAUUUACAAAUUGAAACCUAUGAACAAUUUCAAAGGAUCUUAGGAGGCUCGAAAAUCCUUCUUUUGACUUUAAACUUUGAUUUUUUAAGUAAGUAGCAAUUGAUGAAAGUUUAGCACUCCUAUUCUGGUUAUACUUCACUGCAUUCGGUACUUUGCUCUUCUCUUUACUUGCAGUUUUUCCCAAAGAAAAUCGUAUUUGUUCUCUUGCUUUUGUUGACAGUUUAGGUUAGGCCUGUCAAUUUUAUCAUCUCAAAAAGAUGAGGCAAAUUAAAUUAAUUGAAUGCUUUUCAAGAGGAAAAAUAUCAAGUUCCUAUAUCUCCAAAAAGUAUGAAUGUUUAAUGAUAUUUAGGCGUUUCUAGAGGCGCAUGUAAAGUUAAAUGAAGUUAAGUAAUACCUUUCUCUUUUGAUUUCGGUCAUUGUAAGUUUCAGAAUGAAAAAAAUUAUGAUAUAUCAAAAUGCAAGAAGAACUAUAAUGCGAUUUAGUCUCAGUAAAAUUUCAUUCGCAAAGUUAUUGUUGCUGCACUUAAAGGGAAUAUCCUCGUUCUUCUGAGGUACAAUAAUUACAGUUACGAAAGUAAAAUGAUACUUUCAAUGGCGCAUUUUGAAUCUCAGUCGUUAUUGGUUAAUGCGAAAAGAUUUUGGUCUUAAAAUUUAACAAACACAACAAUUUACAACAGUUUCUGAGAAAUAAGAACUUUAAACUUCAAUUUUUGAAAGUCGCAAUCUAUGUCAAUGGAGGCCUCAAAAUUAGGAUUUAAUUCAUCGAGGAAAAGUUACAUUUAAUUUAUAUGCUUUGCACGUGGUUAUUUUCAAGCCCGGCCAAAUGCUACGUUCAAAGUUGCAACUUUCGUCCUCUCUAAAUGAAAAUACAAUAACUUCUUUCAUGAUAGUAGUAUUAUUUCAAAAAUUGCAUUCCAUUGCAUUAUUUGAGGGAUAGAAAAGUCCUCUACCUCUACUGUAAUAUUGGUCGUUGGUUUUGCUUGUGCCUGGAAUCAACCAUGAUCGUGUUAUUUUUUCUGUGACUUGGUUUAAAUUAUUUGCUGUUCUUGGAUAUUUAAAUGCGGAGUUUAACCUCUUUGGCUUUCAUUUUUGGUAAUACAUUUAUCAAUUGCUUAGAGUUAGAGGUUUGUAACUGACAUUUUUGUAAAAUUGGGUUAUUUAUCUCCGUACUUCGUUUAGAGAGGCCUCUGUGAGCGUGGCAAAUUCAGAGAGAGCGGCCAGGGGACAGAGCCCCCUGGCAUCUCGACACAAAUACGUACAGAUAUGACCCCUCCUGCUCUAAGCUACCGAUAUGGAUCAAACAGCAUUUUAAUGUCUGUUUUAAGCGUUCAACAAUAAAAUAACGAAAAACAAAAAUUACAGAAAAAUUCCUUCCAGUCUUUUAAAUCUACUCAGCCACUAAAUCUCAAACUACAAAAAUGAAUUAAUGAGACAUUAAUGUCACGGAUUCCGUUUAUUAUUCAUAAUAAGUAUGUGUCAUAAGCAUUGUUACUUACUACCACUUAAUUUUCAUCACGGCCUACGUUUUAAAAAUGCAGCCAAGUCACAUGAGGUGUACCAGAAACUUGCGUAAAAGUUGGCAUGACUUACCGUGGAAAAUGAGAGUACACCACUCCAAAUCCAUUUAAUUCCAUUUCAACAUCAAAACCAAUGGAUAUUUUCUUGUUAACGUAGCUUUUAGAUACUUAAACGAAACUAAUUACCUAUCUCUUAUGCUACUCACUAAAUGUGCUGUCUUCCACUAAUUUACUUUUUGUUCCCAUAAGUAUAUCCUCUACUCUGUGUACUUUAAUUCCUUUGCUUUUAUUGAAAAGACAAUUUUUUAAAAAAAAAUACAUGUAUUUUAAGGUUUGUUUUAUUAUUUUUCUGAAAUAUUUAUCAAUAUUUGUUCAUUAAAAAUCAAGAGGAUAAAGAUUUAUGCUCUUU